GCACAAAUUCAAAUACAAUAACCCCUAAAAUAUUAAUAAGAAAGAAUCCAAAAGAAAGCGAAAGGAAUUGAAACCCAGGUUUUCUGGUGACCCCUGUGACUGCAAACAAGUCCCGUCCUUUGAACUUAGCGCGGGUUCUUAUACAUAUUUUAACCAAAAUUCCAAAUUCCCCUAAAACCCUCAAAAACCCUACAAAAAAAUUGUCCCCCCUUCAACUUUGAGCUCUGUUGAUGCAAGUAUCAGACAUGAGAGCUCUCAGAGCGAUUUACACCCAGCAUCGCCUUCUCAAACCCACCACCACCACCCACAAAUCCCUCCCAAACCCAUCUCUCAUUUCCUUCCAAUCCCUCCAAAACCCCACCUUUUCCCGCCAUUUCCACUCCACCGGCCAUCUCCGCCGCCCCGGAGAACCCAACUCCACCCCCGGCGACGAAGAGCCCCGUCCCGUGUGGUCCGUCUUCGCUCGCUCCCCGGCGACGCCGAAAGCCUCAAUAACAAGUGGUGGGGGAGAAUCAGGCAGCGAAAACGAAAUGGGUCCGUCGAGUUUGGUCAGUGCGGUCAGUGAGAUUGAGAAGGGUAAGGCUGAUAGGAGCGUUGGGAAGGUGAAAUCAGGAACUGGGUCGGUUAGUGGUGCGUCGAAAAGUGGCAAAGGGAAGGUGAAGACUAGUUGGGUUUGCUCGGAUUGUGGGGAGGCACAUGGGCAGUGGAUGGGCCGGUGCCGGAGUUGCGGCCAGUACAACACAUUGAAGCAAUUUUCGGAGAGAAAUGACGGCGGUAAGGCAAGUGGGAUUGGGGUUUCGGAGAAGGUGAGGUCUUGGUUGCCGAGAGGGGAGGAUCAGCCUGUGCCGUUGAGUGAUGUGAACAGGGGGAUUAGUUGGAAAGAUCGGCGGAUUCCAUUGCAUGGAACCUUUGGAAAAGAAGUUGCGACGGUGCUUGGUGGUGGCAUUGUACCAGGUUCAUUGGUUUUAAUUGGUGGUGAUCCUGGUGUUGGCAAGAGUACUCUUGUAUUGCAGAUUGCGGCACUUAUAGCUGAAGGACAUGAGCUUGGUAAAGCAUCCCGUGUUUUAUAUGUCUCCGGUGAAGAGAGUAUUGAGCAAAUUGGGAGCCGAGCUGACCGUAUGGGGAUUGAAACAGAGGAUCUUUUCUUGUACUCAAGUACUGAUAUUGAGGAUAUAUUUGAGAAAAGUCAGUCUAUAGCUCCUCAGGCUCUAAUUGUUGAUUCCAUUCAAACAGUUUAUUUAAAAGGAAUGGCUGGAAGUCCUGGAGGCAUUGUUCAGGUGAAGGAAUGCACGUCACAAUUGCUGCAUUUUGCGAAGAGGACUAACAUCCCUGUUUUUUUGAUUGGGCAUGUAAACAAAUCUGGAGAGAUUGCUGGACCUCGUGUUUUGGAACAUAUUGUUGAUUCUGUGCUAUACAUGGAAGGGGAGAAGCACUCAUCCUGUCGUUUACUUCGAUCUGUGAAGAAUCGUUUUGGAUCCACUGAUGAGCUUGGAGUAUUUGAAAUGUCACAAUCAGGAUUACAAGCUGUUUCAAAUCCCGGUGGGAUGUUUCUAGGGGAACAGUUCUCAGAUUCAGAGUAUUUGGCUGGUAUAGCAGUUGCUGUGACAAUGGAUGGAUCUCGAAGUUUCCUCAUUGAGAUUCAGGCAUUAUGUGUAUCGGGUCAAGCAGUAUUACAGCAAGUUAAUGGAAUUCAAGCUGGUAGAGCUUCCAUGAUUAUUUCAGUACUUGCAAAGCAAGCUGGUCUAAAGCUCCAAGAGAAUGCCAUCUACUUAAAUGUUGUUAGUGGGGUGAUGCUGAAAGAAACUGCUGGUGAUCUUGCAAUAGCCGCAGCAAUUUGCAGCAGUUUCUUGGAGUUCCCUAUUCCCAAUAGCACUGCGUUCAUUGGUGAAAUUGGACUAUGUGGUGAACUUCGCCCGGUUUCUGCAAUGGAUAAAAGGAUAAAUACAGUGGCAAAACUGGGUUACAAGACGUGCAUUGUGCCAAAGUCAACCGAAAAAUCUCUAAGAGGAACUCCAGGUUUCGAGGAUAUGAAAAUCAUAGGCUGCAAGAAUCUGAAAGAGGUCAUCAACAAUGUGUUCAGAUCAAACUGAUAUGGAGGACAUGAUUCGACUUUGUGCAUAAAUUGUAGGUAGUUUUGUGUCUCCAUUGUUUUGUUAUCGGAAAUGGUGUAAAAAUGCAAAUCGAAUGUACUUAUUAGAGUC